CUUUUGAUCAACCGUAUAUAAACCCAUAGGCGGAAGGCCGAAGGUUGAAGCGCUGCUCUGCGGAGAAGGUUAGCGGCUGCGAACAAGGCGUUGGCCACCCGACGCCCGGACGGCGAGAGUGAGAGAUAGAGAGGAAAGCGCGAGAGCUACGCGAGCUUCGAGCGAGGAGAGAAAGAGAGAUUUUUGAGAGGGUGCAGAGAGCUUGAGAGGCGGACGAGGAGUGUUUUUUUAUGUAAGAGUUUUUUACUUGAGAGAUAUUGAGAGGAUUUGCUGAGUAGAGGGGCUUUUUCCUGGUCGGAUUGUGUGGGAGUGAGUGGCCGCCCGUGUUGAUUAUUUUUGUCUAUCUCGUUCCCCUUGGCGAGCAUGGCGACCAAGCUUGUGGUUCUUGGAAUCCCCUGGGAUGUAGACACUGAAGGGCUGCGGCAAUACAUGGGCAAGUUUGGGGAGCUAGAUGACUGCAUUGUUAUGAAGGAAAGGUCAACUGGUCGAUCUCGUGGUUUUGGUUAUGUAACGUUUGCCUCGGCAAGCGAUGCAAAGAGUGUACUGGAAAUUGAUCAUGUCCUUGGAAAUAGAACUCUUGAAGUAAAGAUCGCCACUCCAAAGGAAGAAAUGAGGGCACCUGCUAAGAAAUCUACUCGGAUUUUUGUGGCCAGAAUACCACAUUCAGUCACAGAAUCGAUGUUCCGAAGUUAUUUUGAACAAUAUGGAGAGAUUACAGACUUAUAUAUGCCAAAGGAACGGAGUUCAAAAGGACACCGCGGAAUUGGAUUCAUUACUUUUGCUAGUGCUGAUUCUGUAGAAACCUUGAUGGCUGAAACGCAUGAACUUGAUGGUUCUACAGUAGCUGUUGAUCGUGCUACCCCAAAGGAGGAAUAUCCGAAAUACCCCAGCAGAAUGUCACAGGGUGGAUAUGGUGCUUAUAAUGCUUAUAUUAGUGCUGCAACUCGCUAUGCAGCUCUCGGCGCUCCAACAUUAUAUGACCAUCCCAGUGCUUAUGGAAGGGGGAUGCAUGAAGUUCCCCGGGGAAUGGGCAAAAAGAUCUUUGUUGGCAGACUUCCUCAGGAGGCUAGUUCUGAAGAUCUGCGCCAGUACUUUGGGAGAUUUGGUCGUAUCUUAGAUGUUUAUGUUCCGAAGGAUCCGAAAAGAUCUGGUCACAGAGGCUUUGGUUUUGUUACGUUCGCUGAUGAUGGUGUUGCUGAUCGGGUUUCACGAAGAAAUCAUGAAAUCCUUGGACAAGAGGUGGCAAUAGACUCUGCAACUCCACUGGAUGAUGCUGAUGCUGCAGGCGGUGGCUACAUUGAUCCAGCUGUGGCCUAUGGCGGGGGUUUUGGCCCUGUACGCUCUUAUGGCCGACUUUAUGGAAGUCUGGAUUUUGAUGAUUACGGCUAUGGAGCAAGUGGCAGCAGCCGGUCUUCAAGGAUGGAUUGGAGGUACAGGCCAUACUAAGCUAUAUGAGCGCCUUUUGCAAUGACCUAAGCUUUCUUGUCUGUAAUGGCGAACAAUGACUACUCAUGAUGUAGCUGAAAAUUACAAUCACUAUUAACUUCUCCAUGAUUUGGGUAGAACAAUUACUAUUACUGUUUCGAUUUCGGAUUAAGUUAAACUUUUAUUUCCUUCUGAUUGAGGGUUUUCUAAUGUUAUGAGGACCGGCAGUGCACUGGAAACAUUAAUCUGAUCUAAUUGGAAAUCACAAAAUUGAUGCAA